GGGUGAUCACUGGUGAGCACCAGACCUUAUUUUGCUCCACUGCUCAUCACAAAAUGUAUCGUGUUCUUCACCGCGCUUUAUGCACAGCCACAGAGCCCGCCACCGUGAGCAUCAAGUCUAUUUCGGAAGAUUUGUACAAGGAAGUGAAGUUGAAGAGGUUGGUGGAGAAAUUCAAGAAAGCUUCCGACAUGGACCGCUUCCGCAAAAAAACCAACAUUUACGAGGAGACAGUAAGGCGCCUAGCUGGCGCCAAACGCUUCCGAUGGGUUCGGGACAUUCUCGAACACCAAAAGAAGUAUUCCGACAUUUCCAACGAGGGUUUCUCUGCGCGUCUCAUAUCCCUUUAUGGAAAAUCUGGCAUGGCCAAACACGCUCGCAAGGUGUUCGACGAAAUGCCCCAACGAAAAUGCGACCGCACCGUGCUCUCUCUCAAUGCCCUCUUGGCUGCAUACCUCCACUCCAGGAAAUUCGAAGUCGUGAAUGAGCUUUUCAGGACCCUCCCCACCCAACUCUCAAUCGAGCCUGAUUUGGUGUCUUACAACACUCUCAUUAAGGCUUUUUGUGAAAAGGGUUCCUUUGAUUUGGGACUGUCAGUGCUUAAAGAGAUGGAGGAGAAGGGUGUGAACCCUGAUUCCAUCACGUUUAACACUUUGCUUCAUGGGUUGUACUCAAAGGGUAGUUUUGAAGAUGGUGAGAAAGUGUGGGAGCAAAUGGGUGCAAAGAAUGUUCCUCUUGAUGUGAGGAGUUAUUGUUCCAAGUUGGUGGGAUUGGCCAGAGAGAAGAAAGCGACUGAAGCUGUUGAGGUUUUUAAGGAAAUGCAGAAGGUGGGUGUGAAGCCUGAUAUCUUUUGCAUCAAUGCUCUCAUCAAAGGUUUUGUGAAUGAGGGGAAUUUGGAUGAGGCUAAGAAGUGGUUUGAUGAGAUUACAAACUUUGAUUUUGACCCUCACAAAAACACUUACUCUGUCCUUGUUCCCUUCCUGUGUGAGAAGGGAGAUUUGAAGACAGCAAUUAAGAUGUGCAAGGAGAUUUUCAAUAACCGAUGCCUUGUUGACGCGUCGUUGCUACAACUUGUGGUGGAUAAGUUGGUGAAUGAGGGCAUGAUUUCAGAUGCUAAGGAGAUUGUAGAGACAGGGAAAACCAACCGGUACUGUCGCUAUAAGCUAAAUUUACCCGAAGAAGAGUAGAGUUAUGUUAGAUCUUAGUUUCACUUUAUUAUUGUUCUUGCAAUUUGAAUGGUUUUGUUAUAAUGGGGAUUGAGAAAUUGCCAAGAAUGGCUUUUGUUUGGCAAUGUAAGCCUAGUAACUGGUUUCUUCAAAAUGGCUUUUAUUAUAAGUGGUUUCUUCAA